UGCAGUACAGAGUUUUCGUCUUUGAACAGGAUUUCUGGACUGUGCAGUGUUGUUGUGUCAAAAACAAACUAAAAACUGAAAUAUUUACUUCGCAAACACUACAAUAGCUAGUUAACUAGCUAUGUAUUUACGUCAGAUUUUGCGGACGCAGUUAAUCGGGACCAGAACGGCUCAUCUCAACCGAUUGCAGCGUGUUUGUUGGGCCGAGGUAGCUCCUCUAAAAAUAAUUAUUCUCAUAAGCAUUUUGUUUUCGUUUACUACAGCUGAGCAUGUUGACAACAACAACCCAAGCAGCUCUGGUGGCUGUAGGGAACCUGCAGUGUCCCACCACCAAGAGAGACAGCUGUGCACCAAAAGUGAUGAGGUGAGGCUGGCAGAGGAGGCCAGCAAGAAGUAUGGCUCCCCAGCUCCAACCAUCUUCUCCAAAGUGAUUGACAAAAGCAUCCCUGCAGAUAUAAUUUACGAAGAUGACAAGUGUUUGGCAUUCAGGGAUGUCAACCCACAAGCCCCUGUUCAUUUCCUGGUUAUUCCAAGACUCCCCAUUCCCAGAAUAAGUGAGGCCAAAGAUGAUGAUGCUGAGCUCUUAGGACAUUUGUUGGUUGUUGCCAAAAAUGUGGCAAAGCAAGAAUCUCUGACGAAUGGAUACAGAGUGGUGAUCAACGACGGGAAGCACGGCGCUCAGUCUGUUAACCACCUUCACAUUCACGUCCUGGGGGGAAGACAGAUGACGUGGCCACCAGGAUAAUGGGUUUAUUUGUCUGUCAAUGUGUCUUUUUUCAUCCUUUCGGGCUACUUUCAUGUUUUUUAAACCCACAAGCACGGCAUGAUAUAAUAAGAUGUGUGUAGUUCAUAUUCUCAUCUAAUCAUUCUGUACAAAACUCACUUCACAGUGCAAAAAUAUGACAUGUAAAUAUGUUGAUUUCUACAUAUGUAAAAAUAAAGACGUUAUGUUUCAUACGGCUUCAAAUAAAGACACUAUUUCGAAUAUGGAAAGCUGAAAACUUAGUUCUUUAAUUUAACCUUAUCUUGUUUAGCAUCUACAGUGAGUAAGAACAACAUAUUCCUGCCUGCAGAUAAUACAGAUAAGUAGUUU